AGUUCCGGGGCAGCGCGGCAUGGCGGCGCGAGGCCGGUGAGCGGGGCCGGGAGGAGCGGGCUGUGUUCUGGGCACGGGGCGGGGGCAUGGAGGGGCUCUCGGGGGAGGAGCUCGUGGUGCUGUCGGCACGCAGAGCACGGUGCGAGCGAGUGCUGCGGGGGACGGGAGGCAGCUUUUCCUGAUGUGUUUUUGUGCGUUGGCGUUUCAGGCGUCUGAAUGAGAGUCUGAAUGAGGAGUCUGAAUGAGGGGGUUCGUGGCAAGCAAAGGCCAGGUGAGGAAUGGAGCGAGCCGCCUGGGUGCUGUGUUGGACCGAGGGUGUGGCCGUGGAUGAAGAAUAUCGGGGAGCAGAGUGUGAUUUGCUGUGCACUUAAGUUGGGCCUCAGGAGAGCAGUCCAGUCGAUAACUGUGUGACGAGGCUCCUGCGCAGCCAUUGCAAGGUGGGCUUUCUGCGUGCCUUAUUGCUGCGGUUGGCGUUGUGCAUACACAAGAAAGCAGCCUCCUUGAGAGCAGCAGAGCAGCAGGCUGUGCGCGCUAUGGCUGCUGAAGUGCAUUUCUCGCCUCCGGAGAUCCCUGAGCCCACACUGCUGGAGAACGUGCUGCGCUACGGCCUCUUCUUUGGAGCCAUUUUCCAGCUUCUGUGUGUAUUGGCCAUAAUCCUGCCAGUUUCCAAGUCCCCAGAGGCAGACUCGGUCGGUUCUGAGUCUAAGACUUUGGAGGCAGUGAAGAAACCAAAGGCGUCAAGUGCUGCUCAGCUAAGCAAGAAAGCCAAGAAGGAAGGCAAAAAGAGGCGGUGAGGGCUUGACCAAUAAGCCACAAAGGACCAAAGAAUCACCUGGAACGCUUCCUCAGAGGUGCACCAAAGGCAGUGGACUGUAUGGUGUGGUUUUGUGGCAUGACCGUGCUUUCACUUUCAUGGACAGUGGAGAGAAAUUAAGGAAGCUGGAUGGGAAGGACUCCUGAAGCAUUCCAAGCAAAGGGGACUUCACGUAUGCAGGAGUUCAUGGAUGGCAAGAGCUGGAGACACUGUGUUCCUUCAGGGUGUGUCUCUUCAGGGCCGGGGACGGUGUAGUGUUUGUUUGAAAUAUGACUGGCCGGGACUGGAGAGAGAAGUGGUGACAUAGCCACAGUCUGUGUAAGGCAUCUGGAGCUUCCUGAUGCCAGCUCACAUCUUGGUUUGUUUGAACACAGAUGAGUCAGUGGGAGGAGAAGCUGCUGCGUUAGGUGCCCCAGGGCUCAGAGUGGCUUUGAAGAAAAGGGUUCUGUGGCGGGGCUGCAAGGCUGCCAUCCUUUUGCAUACACAGACUACCAUCCUCAGUUGACAAAUGCAUUGUGAGCCCAGGUAGGGUAGCAGUGCUGUGCUGGGUCUGUUCUCUACCAGAAGCCUAAGGGCACAUUUGCUGGAACCAUUGCUUUGAGAAGGACUGUUUGCUGCUCUCCCUUGCUGUUGGUGGAUGAGUCGGGUGGGCAGCAUGAGGAGGACAGAACAGAGCAGGUGAGACAAAAGCACUCCAAAGUUGCUUGGAGAUCUCAAGACAAAGAGACAUGACCAAAAUUUCCCACACCAGCAGUAAAGAGUAAUAAUGAGCGGUGAGUUUCCAUGAAUGAGGAUGGUAGUUGUUUUAUUUCAUCUCGUCCUUCUGCAGGUUCCCUACAGAUGGGUUCUGUUGCUUUCUCCUAACACAAGUACAAAUACUGAACGAGUAAAGCACACAGUACCCAAACUACAGGAGUGCCAAGGGCUGGUCAGUGAUGAGCCCUGUGUGGCUGUUAACUCAGAACAGCAGGCUUCUCCUUCUGUGGGAGCUGAGGCUGAAUGACUCCUUGUUAAGUGGAAUUCCUGGAUACUGGGGUUUUAUUUUGGGGGGGGGGGGGAGGUGGGAUUGUGCUCUAUUUGCUGUUGGUUGCUAACAGCUCGAUACCUGUUUCAAAAUGUUGAUUAUCAGCUGAACUUACAUUAUGCCUUUAGUAAUUAACAAUGUCUUACGUAUUUUAUUUUCUGUUAAAAUAUAUACUAAGUACAACUGAAAUGUCUUUGUUUAAAAUAAAAACAGAAGUCACUUUAAAAUCA